AUGAUCGCCAAAGGAAUUCCAAACUUUCCGCACAUUACAGCUUUAUGCGGAUGCUCAAUGACAGGCAAAUCUGUCCCACCUCUCUUUGUUCUCCCAUGUAUUGCAGAACUACCUAGAGAACUGAAAGUAUUCCAGCGCGAAAGACAUUGUUGGUUUACUUCUACGCCAAAAGGCUGGGUGAACAGAAGUGUAUUCUUAUUGUAUUGCAUUUUCUUCAUCGAGUGGCUUAACUUUGAACGCCAGAGAAUGCCAGAAGAUAUACGUGACAAGCCUGCUCUCAUUGUGUGUGAUGGACACUCCAGCCGCGAGAAUCCUCUGGCAUUGUUCCUUUUGGCAAGUGCCAACAUCAAAUUAAUUGUUCUUCCCGCACAUACAACACACAUUUUACAAGUAUUUGAUGUUGGCAUUGCCAAAAGAUUAAAGUCCAAAUUCACGGAUUAUCUGAGAGAUUACAUUAAGGCACCGAAGCAAGAGUUCAACAACAAUGCUGCAAUGAUGCGCUACGCCAUUAUCUACUCAUUUAUUAGCGCAUGGCAAGAAUCAGUAUCAUUAAGAACGGUUCAAAAUGCUGCUGCCGCCUGCGGUCUUUGCCCUUGUUCUGUAGAAGCUCUCAAACAUAAUAAGUAUGUUCGUGAAUUGACUCCUGCAGAAAAAGAAUUGUAA